CAACCUACACGUCGAUCGAGGGCAAAAGUAUCGACUUCUUCUCCUAUUGGAUCUCUUCAACUCUCGGCUUGCAAAAUACUAGAUUCCUGUGGACAGAAGACUAAGAGGUGCAGCACUAGGCAGAAGCAUCAUAUUGCUCAGAAAACAGUGAGACAGUUGCUGCAAAAGCAUAACCACAGGGAUCAGAAUCACGAAGCAGAUUUAUUCUCCAUUCUAGAACCAGACAUGAAUCCAUCUGCUCAAGAUUCUGAUCUCAACCUCCUGCCGUCUACUCCGAAGACUUUGCAGCAGAAGCAGAUGCUAUCUCUUGAAAACUCAUCGGGGAGAUCUUCCUCUGGACAUAAGAAAAAACCUCUUUCGAGAUUCAGCAACUCAUGUCAGCCGGAUAUUGUUAGCCCUCUAGUUCUGAAGCAGGUCAAAGACAGGUUCUUGCAUGAGAAGUAUAUCGACCGAUUGCAUUGCAGAGAAGCAAAGCGGAAAGCAGCAGCUUCCCGUUUGGGAAAAUCCACAGCAAAAAAAGGAAAAGAGAAUGCUGUGGGGCAGACAAACAUUCUACAGAACGUCGAUGUCAUUAGAGCUGCUAAAAAUGCUCUAUCUUUUGAUGUAAGUGAUGCAAUUAAUCAGCUUCGCCACCUGGAAUCUGAUGCCAACAGCGAUUCUUCUGAUCUUAAUGGCGAUGCUGUCGAUGAUGAAGAUGACUGA